CAAACACAACACAAUAAUAAUACAAUACGUUGUUUCAACGUCUUAUCGUUUUAUCGGAUUUAUAUAUACAGAUUGUUUUGUGAAAAUGAACAUCUUGCCUAAAAAAAGUUGGCAUGUGCUUUCGAAAGACAACAUAGAAAGGGUCAGACGUGACGAAGAAAAAGCAGCUGCCGAAGAAAAAGAGAAACAGAGACGAAUAGCACUUGCGGAACAAGAGGCAAGAACAGCACAUUUAAGAGAAAAAGCCAGAAAACGACAUGGGAGAGAUGAACCAACAAUGGUUGAUGGUGCAGAUAGUAGUAUUGUUGCAACAACAGAAGCGACUGAACUCAGGCAUCCAAAUUUCUUCAGUGAAAUUGAAGAAGGGAAAAAAACGGUAGGCGUCAAUAAAGAACAUGAAGAAGAGAAAAGAAAGGAAAAGGAGAAGUAUGAAAAAAGUAUUGGUUUGCUGACAUAUUUGGGACAAAGUUCCGCUGAAGCUAAAGAUGCAGAGCCAUGGUAUUUCAAGUCUCCUUCCAAGAGAAAGAAAUGUGAAGAAGGAGAAGAUGACAGUACUGUUGAUCGAAAAAGAAAAGACACACUAGAUCCACUGAAGGAUAUGGACAAGUAUCUGAGAAAAAAACACAAACAUAAACAUAAGCAUAAAAAAGAAAAGGAAUCUAAAGAAAGACACAAACAUGCAAAAGCUGACAAGAAGACACCCACAAUUGAGCAGUUGAGAGCUGAAAGACUACAAAGAGAGCGGGCAGAGCGAGCCAAAGCUAAUAAACUUUUAUCUGGUGAAUCGAGUCAUAGCAAAGAAACAGUAAAUACUGAUGACAGAACUCGCCGUUAUAAUUCACAGUAUAAUCCACAUUUAGUGAGGAAACUCAAAUACAAAGGCCACAUGUGGAAUAUGGAAUGAUUUUUAAAUGUUUUGUAAAUAAUAUACCCAUAUAUUAAAUAUAUGUUGUCGGAUAUCUA